AUGGAGCACUCGGUAGCGCCGAGUCGAGGCAGUCGCAAGCGUCGGAGCGGCAGCAAGCGCAAGCGCAGCGCUUGUCACCAGAGAGAGGAGCACGAGGAGCUCAAGACGGAGGAGAAGCACGGAGAAGACGAGAAACAAGAAGAAGAAGCAAGCGAAGAGAAGAAAGAAGAAGAGGAGAAGAGCGGCAAAGCUGUACCAACGCAGUGGAGCUGUCCAUCUUGCACGUUUCUCAACGAGGCGUCACGCUGUUUCUGCGAGAUGUGCGCGACGCCGAACCCUUCUCCACCUGCGACUUUUGCUGGAGCAUUCAGAGGCACUGUUACCGCCUCGGAAUGGAGAUGUGCGGCCUGUACGGUCGUGAGUCCAGCAGCGAUGCGGGUCUGUGCCGUCUGUGGGUUGCUGAACCCGCAGCUUGCACUGUCUUCAGGUCUUAGUAUUGCGGAACCCUCGACGACACAUGGAGACGAGUCGAUCGUCUCGUCGUGUAGUGAUGAUAGUGACGAGGACGAUAGCAACGAGGACGACGAGGAUGAUGAAGAAGAAGAUAGAGAGACGUGGCGAUGUACGAGCUGCGGUACGCUGUCUUGUGGACGCACGUGUCUGAACUGCUUUGCACAGCGGUCGAAAGUAGCGCGUACGAAUGACAACGCUAAAGAAAAGAAGAGUAACAAUGCGAAAAAGCAGACGCUAUCUGUGAAGAAACAGAAGCAUCAGAAACGUGAAAAAAAGCUGCAACAGCGAGCUAAAACGGCGUACGGCAUUUCGAUAAGCGAGCUGAAGAAAAUGAUGGUGGAGCCAACGAGUAGUCGCCUGGUUGAAAGUUUGCAAAGGUUGACGCAUACGCUGGCAAUGAUAGACGCAUCAACGGAAAACAAAUGGGCCGACGGUCCGUCGUUCCAAUUUCGAAGCUUUGGUUGUGUAUCGCCAUCAAAGACAGAUAAAGAUCCAGAGCUAUUGACGGUGUUGUCUGAUAUUUUCAGUGGCCGCGAGCAGAAGUACCCCGCAAAUGUUGGACUUUUGGCGUUGCAGUCCAUUAACUAUAUGAUGAAAAUGGACCGGCACAUGUUUGCGCGGUCGAAGAUGGUGGACGUUGUCAGGUUGUACAUUACUAAUUUAUUAGCGUGGAGGAAUGCCAGUGGUGGCGAUGCUUUAGACCCUGACGUUGCAAAGAAUGAAUCGAUGAUCGUGGAAGAGUGUUUGAGCGGUUUGUCAAGUCUGUGUAGCACUGAGAGGUUCGCUCUUCGAGAAGUGGUAGCACAGGAAAAUUUUGCUGGAUAUCUGACUUUCCUGACAAAUAUAGCGGAUGGAGAUAAGGGACGAGGUGGUGGUUUUCAUGCAAGUACCGUAAUGACGGCGCUUGAAAUCCUGCAAAAGUGCUGUUUCAAAUUACAAUGGAGCAAAAAGCUUAGUCAAGCGGACCCAUCUACCGACAACGCAAACUCGGAGAAACCCACAACUCUACGACAGGGUGCCCGACUUACACUGGGACUAGCUACAAAGUUGAUUGGCUUUUUGCGAAAAUUAUUACAACACAAACAUGUCCCGUUGCACGUCAAGGCAGCGAGGUGCUUGUUACGUAUAUUUCAUCGCAUUCCUUAUGACAGGCCUGAUAUAAUAAGGCAGCUCGUUUCAUCUGAAGUGUUGCGCAACUUCGUUGCAGUGGUGGUGAACACAGACAGCGAUGAGUCGGAAGAAUCGCGUUUAGCAAUGGUCUCCUUGUUACUCUAUUUGUUUGAGAACCGCCCACAAAUCGUCGACAUGUUCUUACGGGGGAGAAUUUAUACAGAAUUAUUUAGUGGCAUACUACCGUUACUGCAAUUGUCGUCAACGGCAGUCCGGACCAACGUGUUGAAACUUACAUCCAUUCUUGCCCGUGCAAUAUGCCGAAAGCAUUCAUUGGAGUCCGCCAACAGCCUUCAUCGCAAUUGUGUGGAUCAAUGCGCUGCGGAAGACAAAAUUUCGAGUACUUGUAAAGACUCGGUCGUACAUUCGCCUUGGACGGGGCGCAAUCGUCAACAGUUGAAUUUGUUGCCGGACCUUGACGUGCUGUCGACGUUACUACUAGACUUUAUUCGAGCAGAUUCAAUUCCCGCUGUUAAUGUUCUUUUGAAAGACGGUGCCGACCUGGACUUCCCACAUUCGUCUGACACCCAACAGUAUGGUUUCGAUAAACCACUCAACGUUGCGGUGGAGUGUGCAUCGCUAGGGAUGGUGCGACUGCUCCUGAAGCGAGGUGCUGACAUUCACCAGGUGGGUAUUGGUGGCACUGCUCUCCACGUCGCUGCUAGAACUGGCCGGUGCGAUGUCGCUGCUUUUUUGCUGCAAUGUGGUGCACGUGUGCAUGCCAAAGAUUGCGAAAAUAAUACCGUUCUUGAUGUCGUAAACUUGGCCGACAAGACAACAAUUGAGGACGGAACAGUGAAAUCUGUUCCGUCUCCAAUGAAAAAGCUGCUCGAUUUUUAUGGGUGCACUAGUAGCGUGCAAGAUUAUGACAGUGACUUGUCAGAGAACCAUGAAGUGGCAGGGGGUAAAAGCCGCAUGUGGUUCUGUGCAUCAGAUCAAGACGAUGAAUACAUGGAUGAUGAUGAGGACGAUGAGAUGGAUGAUGAUGAGUUUGAAGGUGAAGAAGGCUACUACUUGGAUUACGAUGACGAUGACGAUGACGAUGACGAAGGCUCCGAUGACGCCAGCUGGCAUAGUCAAGAGAUGGGUGACCGCAGCGAUGGGGACAUGACAAACGACGAAGACGGCUUGUUGAGUGCGGUGCCACCAUCGGGCAGCAGAGGUCGCCUUGACUCUGUUUCAUCUGCGUCAAGUACAGAGACGAGGGGAGUUUUGCUAGAUGCAGUCGGCAAUACGUCCAGCCAGAAUGUUGCGUCUAGGGAAAGCGACAAAGGUCGUACAGAUGAAAGCACAGUGCUGAAACGUGAUGCCUUUUGUGCCACAGCUGACGAGGUCUAUGAGUUCAGUCUUGCCUUGACUCAAUGUCUAUUAGCAGUGCUACGUGACAUGAAUAUUCAGAACUUGGAACGCUCUGUUGUCUCUACUAUAGCAUGUGUGCUGGAGAUGGCACCGUCUCAGCUCAUUCGCGCUUUGGAAGAGGCGGAUGUGGUGCUCAUCUUGGACACUGUACGUUUCUUGCUGCAAGGCAAAAAAUUGCAUCCAGCUGGCGCAGAUGCUCCGGCCUGUUCCGUAAACCGGGCAGCUUCAGCGUCUCCACUGACGGUCACUCGCGGACGUGUGACUACUGCUGCUCACGAUUUACCGUCAUUUAUUUUGGCGUUUCGUAUCCUGGAGACUAUGGUCAGGAAAUCGUCCAAGGAAUCUUGUAUAUUCCACGAAAUUGAAAGGAGGGGAAUCUGCGAGCAGAUCGAGCUAUUGAAUGAGGCAUCUACGUGCUGGGCCAGCUCGACGCACGGUGGUGGUUGUCUCCGUAGUCCCUGCAAUACAAUUUUUGGAAGAGCGUUAGAUCUGCUGAAGUCACUUCGAUCCGACAUGCUUGAAAGUGGCAUGCUCCAUCUUCACAAGCUUCGAAAUCUUGCGAGGCGGUUAAAGAAAGUUUCUAAUGACGAUUCUUUGUGCGAGAACGAACUCGUUUUGGUAGAUUUGGUGGAUCUUUUUGAGCAGUCAGACUCCAUUACAGCGUACGAGUUCAAGCAUUCAGAGCUUUUGCCUGCAAUUGUUCAGUAUAUCUCCCCGCAAGGUGCACUUGACGAAAAUCGAGCGUUAGCGAUAAUGCAAGCUUUUGAACGCUGUCCCUCUAUGCUGAAGCAUCUGAUCGUACAGCUGCAGAGCAUCAUCACACAAGAAGAGACGUUUCCAUUGAUUUCUUAUCAUACUGGCAAAGGACGCGAGCUGUUUCCAUUAACUAAGCAGCUAAAUAUCGCAUUCGUGCGGCCAGGAGACAAAGCUGUUGGCGGUAAGCAGCACGGAAGCGCGAAAGAGAACUUGGUUCAUUGUUCUCCGUUGACGCACUUUCAGUCAUUUGAAAGGUCGCUUUUUAGGUGCACACCUGUGAUCGAUUCCGACCUGUCAUUGCUGUACCUCAAUUUAGUGGGGCAUUGCAUUCAGAAAGUGGUGGAUGGAAAAUGGAGAAAGUUUGUAGUUGUGGGAUAUGAUGAUACACGGUCUUACCACCUGGUCAAACCAGUUGGUGGAUCUAGCGAUGAUCUAGCGGAGAUGGUGCUCCAUGACUCUCAGUGCAAGCUGCUUGGAAGCGUGAAAGUAUACGAGAAUAUUGCACUGGACCUGAGGCUAUAUGGGCUGCCAUGUGCUACAAACAUUGGUCAGGCAAUUGCUGGCAAGAAAAAACGAAAGAACAACAAGCGAAAACGGAAGUCGCCCACCCACAAACAUCAGAAUGAAAGCAACAGAACCUGCCUGGUGGAAGUGAAAAACGAAGGUGUGUUAACGAAUAUGAAAUUACCAGGAGCUUGGUAUGCAGCGAUACUCGUAAAUGAUCCAGACGGGGUCUGCAAGUUCGAAGACCAAACAUGUGAAGAUAUGCUUGCUGCGCAGAGCACACACUCGGUGAGAUUGUUGGGUGAAAAUCGAGUCCUUCACAAUGUGCGAGCAGAUUGCCUUCGUCCGCGGACACUUCAGCCUCAAGUGGGUAGCGUAGUUGAGGUGGACGGUGCUGUUGGAGAAGUCACCCGGAUCUACGCUGACAACGACUCGUCGAGCGGUAAUGCGAGUGUAUUGCGUGACGUGAAAAUUAGUUCCGGCAUCGAAAAAAGUCGCGUGAAGACGGGCCGUGUCCGCUUUCCCGCACGCCCAAUGACUACAGUGAGAAGUGCAGAUGAGAGUGUACAGACGGAGGCGACGAGUAUGGGACGGUUGUUUCCGCUUCGGAACGGCCUGUCAUUGACAGGAAUUGUUGGUGACCGCGUGUGGGUUUUGCCUUCUCUGGAUUCAGCAAGUACAGAUCUUUGUGUGGCUGGAACGAUCAAGGGUUUUCCCACCAGGUCGGAAUCUGUUUGCGAAUCCGCUACCGUUCUUGUGGAAAUCUCGUUUGGCUCAAACCCUUCUCUUAUUGUAAGUGUGAAUCAAGAUCGAAUACGUAAUUUUGGAGUUGAUGGCAGUACAUUGUCCAGUUCCGGCUCCUCUCGAAUUCUGGCAGCACUGCAGAUUGCUUCAGGACGAGGCAGCUCGAGCGACAAUGUCUCUGCUAUUCAGCGGGCGUUUGAGAGAGCCGCAGGAUCUUUACAGCAAAAUCGAUUUGGAGGCGGACAAGGGCCAUCAGACAUAGCAAUGGACCAACUCCGUACCUUGGUCUCGCGUAACCCUGCAUUUAGCAGAAACGCGCUCAGCGAUGUUGACAGUAUUGAUCACGCGUCAACAAGCACAUAUAGUGCACAAUCGAAUAAUGGGUCGAACGAGCCGAUGGAGAACGAAGUGCAAGGGGAAGAAGGGGUAAUACCGGCGCCUCCUUCCGUUUCCACUAAGACGUCCGACGAGGUAAAUUUCGUCACAGAAAAUUUUUCGCGUGGAGGCAGUUUGUCGUCCUUGCAAUCGUAUGUAUCGCCCAAAGGCACGAAGCCCAAAAUGAUUUGCUCGCACUUGCCGAACGUAAGUUUGGUGGUUGGAUUUCGUAAGUGUGACGCAAGCGUUGCAGUGCAUGAUCAGAAUGCAGUCUCGUCCGAAUGUGGUUUUGAGUAUCCUGACCGAAGCACGUGGAGGCGAGACAUACCUGCAUCGUCAGCACUUAUUCAUCUGAACCCAUCCACACAGCGGUUUGAGGCAACGCCUGUUGCUCGCGAGGCCAUACUGCACGCGUUCAAUUCGUUUAGCGGAUCGGGUGCAUCGCACAAGAAAAAGCGAAAGAAGCUUUCACCUGUUGCUCAACAGACUGCGCGGUAUGGAGUUCCUUGGGACAUUGAAAAGUUUAUUGCUUUUAUGUUAGCUGUGCGUGGCCCGACGACAUACGGUCGCACCGGACCGAUCGCGAAGUACUGCAUGCUGUUUUCAAAGUUCGCCGACCCUGAUGCGAAUCGGAGACUGCUGAAAGCCGAGGGGUUCGUUGCUCUUGUGGUGCACGAAUGUAAAGAUGCAGCAAAAUCGAAGCAAAUGCUAAAAUUUCUGCGAUCACGAGGUUACAUGGAAAAGCGGCAAGCUGUCACUAGCGGCGGUGACGAUGAAACCGAGGAGAAGGGUGCGCCUAGCGACAACACCGAGACUGCACUUGUAAAAGAAUAUCGCACGGAAACACGACAGCCUAUAGUGCUUCGUGGAUUUCCUGCUGACCAAAAUGUACUCAAAUGUGUGGAGGAUUUGCGUCGCGAAUACCGUGCUCAAUCUUGGAGUAAUGCCCCUUGCACUGAUGCGAAUCCCACCGCCACCGUAGAUGCAUCCCUUCCGCCUUGGAAGCUGACGUAUAAACUAUACUGUGACUAUCAGAUCCAAUGGGAGGGCCAGUCUUCUUCAGAGACGAGCGCAUCGAGUACGGUGAGCUCUAGCACCGAAUCACUGGCCCCUUUAUCAGCCAUAGCGUCCAAAUUGCCAGCGCGAUUAUUAUCCUACGGUAUUGCUACGCUUGACAGCGAUGACGCUACGGAAGACUUGCGGUGGCUACAUUGCAUCACCACUUUAGAAGCUGGCAGUGGUGGUAACGGAAUUAGCGUGCCUGAUACGCUGGCAAGCGCGAUGCGCCUGCUCCGAUAUUUAUUUCAAUUUCGUGCGGAUACUACAUUGCGAGAUGAAGCGCUGUGGACGAGCCCCCGAUUGUACAAUAAGCUUGAGACACAGAUGCAAGAUGUGCUCUCUAUGUGUAGUGGUAUUUAUCCGUCCUGGUGCGAUGCGCUAGUGACCCAUUGUAAGUUUUUCUUUCCGCGCGAUCUACGAGAAAAAUUGUUUCGCUCUACAUCAUUUGGCUGCACCCGCUCACUGCACUGGUUCCGCAAUCGGCUGAGCAGCGAGGAAGGCUCAGCCGACUCUGGAAUGUCGUCAAUGGUAGGGGGCGGUAUUCUUAACCAAGAGAUCUCCAUAUCGCCUGUUCCGAAAGAACGCGUCAAAGUGUAUCGUGACAAUAUUCUACAGUCUGCGGAGGCAGUGAUGAAAAUGCACGCAAAGCGGAAAGCUGUCUUGGACGUUGUAUUUGUUGGCGAGAAGGGCUACGGCUCUGGAGUGACGGCAGCAUUCUACUCAACAGUAGCCCACGCGCUUCAGGUGGUUCCAGAAACCAAGACGGACCGAUUAUGGAUACCUGGUGAGGACGACGAGGCUGACAUGUUGCCCGGAGUUGAUAUUAGUGGCAUCGCCGUCGACACGCCAGUCAUUCGUCACUCCAACGGUUUGUUCCCGUAUCCUCACCGCAGAUCAAGCCCGAAGCUCGUGGAACGUUUUUGUACGAUGGGUAGACUCGCAGGCAAAGCACUAAUGGACGAUCACCUGCUCCCGUUGCCGUUGUCACCGCAGUUCCUUAAGCUUGUGGUUGGCGAAAGUUUCGGACUGGAAGAUCUAGGCGACAUCUUUUUGAGUCACGGUCGAAUCGUGCAUUCGAUGUACAAAGCUUCCCGAAAGCUCGGCACAGGAGAACAGAAUGUCCAAAUCGACAACCUUGACAUCCAGAGCUGGUUGAGCGCCGUUGGGUUCACGUUUAUUGAUCCAUUUUCGCAGGAGCCUCUUGUUGCUGGUGGGGAAGAUAUCGAUGUGACCCCGAGCAACUUGAUACUAUACGUACGGGCUGUGCUGGAACUGUGGCUUGACUCGGGUAUUCGUUCGCAGGUACUGGCGUUCCGUGAAGGCAUUAGUGAGGUACUUCCUCUAGAAAAAUUGCGGUUGCUGUUCGUUCCCGAGUUGCUAUCGAUGUUAUGCGGUGAAAAAGAUAUUGAGUGGAAUGUGGACUCCUUGAUGAAAGACACAAAGCUCGCGCAUGGAUACACAAAGGAUAGCCAGCCUGUGCAAUUUUUCUUUGAAGUACUGGAGCAAAUGCCAGCCACUGAGCGACGAACGUUCCUGCUCUAUGCGACAGGCUGCCCGAAUUUACCUCCUGGAGGCUUCCCAGCGCUCAAGCCGCCAUUCGAAGUCGUCCGCCGAGUUGUUGAUAUUGCAAAUGUCGAUCUUGCGCUGCCAUUUGCCCGUACAUGCACCAAUACGCUGCACUUGCCAGCGUAUUCCAGCAGAGCUGUGCUCGCGAAGCAAAUGGCAUUCGCUAUUGCCAACAGCCGCGGCGUUAUCGAUCGAGACUGA